AUGGCGGUAAGAAAGAAUGGAGCGAGUUUUCGAAUAUCAGCAACUCCGGCAAUUGUGGCGGCGCAACUGCUCGCCGUGGCUGCGAUAACUCUUAUGCUUGUGUGGGUGUUACACUUCAGAGGUGGCCUUUCGUUGAAAUCCAAAAACUUGGAGCGGCUACUGAAUGCGCACCAUGUCUUGAUGCUAUUUGGGCCUGUAAUAUGCAUUGGCCAAGUUUUAUUUCUAUGCGGGGAAUUAGCCAUCAUGGCAUUUAAGACGGUUCCUGGGAGAAGAAGGGUGAGGAAGAUGGUUCACAUGUUGCUGAACCUGCUGGGUCUGGUGCUGGGUGUUCUCGGCCUCUAUGCAAUUUUCACCGUCAUUAAGAAGGAUGGGACUUCACCUGAUCUACAUAGUUUGCAUUCCUGGGUUGGAUUCGGGACAAUGUGCCUGUAUGCUAUCCAGUUCCUACUCGGCUUCACUUUCUUCCUUUUUCCUGGAGCGACCAUGCCGAUGAGAGCAAAUAUGAGGCCAUGGCAUUUCUUCCUCGGUCUAGUAAUAUUCAUGCUGGCCAUAAUCAGCUCAGCCACAGGGAUCAUAAGAAGGUUUUGGUUCUUAAGGCUUCAACGAGGCAGCGAAGCACUUGUGCUUAAUUUCACAGGAAUAGCUAUUAUUCUCUUUGGCAUAACUGUGAUUCUAUCUGUCAUACUUCCAUAA